AUGGUAAACGGGUUAGAUUCCCAGUCUCGAAAAGCACCAGGGGCAAAGACCACCAAGGCUGCUGCUAAAAGAAAGGAUAAGGAGGAUGGGGUGGAACAGUGUGAUGGAUGGAAUGAGGGGUCUCAUGGGAAAACUCUGAUUAAGCCUGCAGACCAGCUGGAGCUCACUGAGGCGGAGCUGAAUGAGGAAUUCCUACGAGUCUUGACUGCAAACAAUCCACAUGCGCCACAGAACAUUGUCCGCUUCAGCUUCAAGGAGCGUUCUUACAAGCUCAUCCCUGUUGAUCAGAUGGCUGUUCACUUUGUCUUGGAAGCCAACCUUCUUCACAAAGACUCUGAUGAGGCUCGUAGACAGAUGGCCAAACACAGUCUUUUUGAGGAGAAAGCAACCGUCAAUGCUGGGGAAGAAACCAAUGAAGAGAAACCAGAGACUCCAACUACAGGUGUAGAUGAUGGAGGGGAGGCUGAGGAAGCUGGACACGAAGACAGGCCAGACAGUGUAGUUUUCAAGACUGACAAGAAGGAGCAAAAACUUACUAACCAAUUCAACUUCAGUGAGCGGGCCUCUCAGACUCUCAACAACCCACUGAGGGAACAAAUCUGCCAAACUGAACCUCCUCCACGCUGCGCCUUCUCUGCCAACGCCAGUCAGUCGGAGAUCUAUGAUAGCUACGUGGAAGAGCUGAUGAAGCAAGAAAAGAACAAAGAAAAACAAAAAACCACACCACUGAAGAAAGAUGAUGACAAAAUUAAGAAGAAGAUGAUGCCAAUAGGGACUCAGACUGUUGACAUCAGCAAAUUGGCCAAGGCGGUCAAAAUCAUGGAGCGGAUGGUCUGUCAAAAUACAUUUGGUGACAUAGCGCAAGAUUUCAAGUAUUUUGAGGAUCUUUCCGAUGAAUUCAGGGAGCAGGAGGGCACCCUCCUCCCUUUGUGGAAGUUCCAAAAUGACAAAGCCAAAGGACUGUCUGUCACUGCCCUCUGCUGGAAUAAGAAAUACAAUGACCUUUUUGCUGUGGGAAUGGGAUCAUAUGACUUCAGCAAACAGGGGCGCGGCAUGCUGGUCUUAUAUUCACUGAAGUCCUGCACCUACCCAGAAAGCAUCUACCUCACAGAUUCUGGUGUCAUGUGCGUCGACAUCCACGAGCAGCUAUCCUGCCUGGUGGUGGUGGGCUUCUACGAUGGCUGUGUGGCGGUCUAUAACAUGAAAGAAGAAGCAGUGCAACAACCAUUUUGCAAGAGCACAGCCAAGGGUGGAAAGCACACUGACCCCGUCUGGCAGGUACGCUGGCAGAAGGACGAUAUGGACAACAAUCGCAACUUCUAUUCUGUGUCAUCUGAUGGCAGAGUGGUGUCGUGGACCUUGGUCAAGAAUGAGUUAAUCUUCACCGACAUCAUCAAACUCUCAUUGGAGGGUGCUGUCUGUGAAGGGCCAGAUGACAUGAAGCAGCCCAGCAUGGCUUGCGGUACUUCAUUUGACUUCCACAAGCAGAUUGACUACCUUUUCUUAGUUGGCACUGAGGAGGGGAAAAUACACAAGUGUUCCAAGGCCUAUUCCAGCCAGUUUCUGGAGACAUAUGAUGCCCACAACAUGGCAGUGGACGCUGUCAAGUGGAACUACUUCCACCAAAAGGUUUUCCUCUCUUGCAGCUCCGACUGGACUGUGAAGAUGUGGGACCACACCAUCAACACUCCCAUGUUCACCUUUGACCUCAACGCGCCAGUGGGUGACAUAGCCUGGUCUCCAUACUCCUCAACUGUUUUUGCUGCUGUCACCACCAAUGGCAAGGUUCAUGUUUUUGACCUGAGCAUCAACAAAUACAAGGCCAUCUGUCAGCAGCUGGUGGUGGCCAAGAAGACCAAACUGACUCACAUCGAGUUCAACCCUGUUUAUCCCAUCCUCAUAGUGGGGGAUGACAAGGGCUAUGUCACCAGCCUCAAGCUCUCCCCUAACCUUCGCAAGACACCUAAGGGAAAGAAGGGUCAGGAGCUGCCCAAGGGUCCAGAAGUGGAAGUAGCCAAGAUGGAGAAGCUUCUAAAUCUGUUGAGGAAACCAGAGCCAGGCUCAUCUAAGAAUGACUAACAUGGCUGCUGACAACAAUGCCCGUUCACAAGUGUUACUAUUUGUUCGGUAUUUAUUUUCAAUGGUUUUCAAAUAAAUUGAUGCAGUAGAUACGUCUAUACACAAGUCAUUAAGCAAGGAAAUAUCUAUAUCUAUAUAUAUAUAUACACAUAUGUCUGUUAUGCUUAGCAUGAAAGUAGCAUUGCACAUCUCCAGUAAAUGAUUGGUCAUUUAUGGAUCACUAUCCAGACAACUAAUCUUGGCUAGCAUACACAGUCCCGGGUCCCAUCCAGUAAUGAGCAGAGAGUCUUUUGAUACCCUAUUUUGAUUUUAAUCACUUUUUCCCCCAUCUUCAUUCUUCUUGUUUUUCCUUUUCUCUCUGACAUUAUUAAUGGUCUUGUCCUUCAGCAAAGUGCCCCCUGUGUUUUGUGGCUCGACUGGAAUCAAACCCUGCCCUAAUGUCCUGUUUUUCUGUCAGAGACAGCUCUGCGCCCUCUAAUGUCUCGCACUCUGCUGCUCAACUGUGAGUCAUUUCUUCAUCUCACCAAGUUUAGUUGGAGGGAAUCUUAACCACAUCAUUUCUUAUGCACACACAAUGACAAAUGGUUGUAGCCUCUGGGUAACAAUAGUGGGAAUACAGCUAUAACAAUGUCAACAAUACUACAGAAACCGGAAAUAUUUUGCGGGGUUUGGUGAAGUGCCGUAUUUUGUAUUUUUCAAAACAUCGUUUUUUUUUUAAAUUUAAUUUGUAGGUUAACAUUGUGACAUGUUUUGUUAUGUAAACCAGGCCUGAGAUUUUAAUGUAGCAGUCAGAGAGCUCCCUUAACCCAAGUGUCACAAGUUCAAUUCAGCAGCAACUCUGUGUCCUUGAGAGGAAAUGCUGGACUCCUACAUUCAUGGUUAGUCAUUCUUAAUGAGAACGCUACCUAAAUACGGGGCGGAGAUGAGGAGAAGGCAGCAGCACUGUUCAUGUUUUACUUAAUCAUUAUGACAAAGCAAAUUAUAAGUAUCUUAAUUUGGGGGGCUUGUAAAAUCCCGUGAACUUGCUGCUCGGUGUGGAUGUUGACUCAUUCACUCAGAAUGAGUGUGCCAUCAGUGACGUGCCACAAGCAGAUAGAUACGAGGGUGAGGGCUGCACUGAAGAGUACACACAGCUCAGCAAAGCCUCUCGAGUCUUUAUGUAACACCCUCAGCAAGGCGCUGUGCUUCAUAGAGCACUGGUUUUUAUGAGUGACUGAAACACACACUCCAUGCA